AUGAGAUUGGGCAAAGUCAAGGUGAAAAACACAUCUGUGUUUAGCGAUGAUUCCGAUCAGGACAUCGAAGAAAGGCCAAGAGCUUAUGUAAGGAAAGAAAAGUCGACUCCCGAGUCAGAGGAAUUCCAAUACGAUGAAGUCUACGAAACUUUAAAGAAACCUGUCCAGCAGGCUCCAAAAGAGCCUCGAAAACCAAAGUACAUAGAUAAAUUGCUCGAGAGCAAGAAGCUGCGAGAACUUGAGCGCUUAGAGCAGCAGCAGGAGAGAAUUGAACGCCAGAACGAGCUAAUGAAGAAAGACAUGGAAACCACAGAGAUCUUCGUUUCCGAGUCAUACAAAAAGCAUAGACAAGAGGUUGCUGAUAAACUUGGCAAGCCACUCAACUUGGAUUCAAUCGCUAACCAUCCUAGUACUACUGAUGUGGCUGGAACGCCGGAGCCGACAGUACCGGCUCCAGCAAAUGAAAGAUUCUCGCGGUCUCUUCAAAAGGCCAUACAAGAACUUAUCACCUCAAAACUAACCCCUGACGAUAUAGAACAGUAUCGCAAACGGUACUUUGAGAGAAAACGAAAUUCACAAUACGCGGUCGCUUCCUAG